GGGGAGCGGGCGUGGCUUGGCUCGGUGGGCGUGGCCUCAGCUCCCGCUCCGGUCGCCCGUGGAGACACCGGGAGCGGCGCUCGGAUCAUUGCACUGAUAAAAUCAAGGCAAGCUGGACAGGGAGCAAGUCUGCCUAUGUAGAACUUCCCUGCUCCACUGAAAAUGUCUGGCAAAACAGCCACCACGACCAACAACAUCGCUCAGGCCCGCAGGACUUUGCAGCAGCUCAGGAUAGAAGCCUCCAUAGAGAGGAUAAAGGUGUCCAAAGCCUCGGCAGACCUCAUGCUGUACUGUGAGGAGCACGCCAAGAAGGACCCGUUGCUCAUGGGAAUUCCAGCUUCUGAGAACCCUUUCAAGGACAAGAAAACCUGCAUUUUGUUAUAGGAGAGGGGCAGCUCCUCCUGCCCAGCCCCUGCCAGCCCAGCUGGGCCUGGCCAAGCACCACCACUCCCCCAGGUACCUGCACCCCACGGCCACUCCCUGACCCUGUACAGACCAUUCCCUGAGCUUCCCAAGGCAUUCCUGCUGAUCCCUGUCUCUGUUAGGAGGUUUCUGACUGAAUCCCUGUCUUUCCUGGCCAAGGGAAUGGGGUCCAGGGUCUCUGCACAGGGGGUCCUGGGGGCAUUUGCCAACUCCAACAAGACCAAAGUUGCCUGAGCUUUGCUGAGGGAGCAAAGUUGUAGAGACCUGAUGGAAUCACUGGGUUUACAUUUUUUAAAAUUAUAGAUUUUGGGGUGGGGGGGAGGGGGGCUAGUGCCUGUGCUGGCAGCACCUGUUUGUGCACAGACACGUUCAAAGUGCAUUUUCUAGCAAAAACUACCUUGAAAAAUGAUUGUAGCAGCUGCUGGGGAACUCCAGGGAGCUGUGCCUCAGCCUUCCUCCUGCUGGCCUCUCUUCCCAGGGCUUUCAAAGGACAGAGUUUGGAAUCAGAGAUGCUUUCCCUGCUUUCCAAAAGUUGAAAAAGCAGAAUUUCCAGCUUGGAUUCUGCUGCAUUUUCUUCUCGAAUUAAAAACCUGUGUUAGGAUAAAACACACCCUCAAAGAAAUGGAAAAAGAAUGGGAGGUUGGAAGUGCCCUGGCAGAGCUGGAGGAACGCUGCCCUCGCUCCCAAUCCCAGCUGGGUUCUGUGCAGGGAGUCAGAACUUGACUCAUUUUUAUAAAGAAAUACAUUUUUAAACGGGAAAAAUGCCAAAUUAUCUCCAGCUUGUGGUUAUGCAUUUCUAAUUGCAGGGCCUUUCCAUCUAGCAUAUAUUUUAUAUAUACAUAGAAUAAAAAAGUCUUUCUCUGUGUGUGUGUGUAGAUAUAUAAACUUUAUAUAUUAACAGCAAAUUUGGAAGGGUUUAAAAAUAAUCCUGACUUCAGCUGGCUGCAAAUGUCCUUCUGUGCAGGCAGCUGAAGUUGUGAUGUGCCAUAACCCUGCAUUUCUGGGAGGAUAUUUGCAGAAUUUAUGAACCACGUGUCAUUUACGUUGCAUAUUUGUCAUUUCUAUAUGAAAUCAUAGACCCACUUUUGAUAUAGAUUAAGAAAUUCAACUUUGUUUAACAAAUCUCUUUGGCAGAGCUCCAAAGUCAGCCUGGCACGAGAAACCUGCUGCUCACCCUGUGCUUGCGUGCAAAUUAUUUUUGUAAUCAGAGUAUUUUUCUAGUGGCAGUCGAAAAAACCAACAAUGUAGCUCUGCACUAA